CUCUCGCCUCUCGCCCUAAUUCCCAACCAACACCAUACUGUUCUAUCCCCUGCCUUACCUUGAAUUUUAUCCUCACUCUAAUUCCGUGUUUUUCUUUUUCACCUUCCCUUCUCAACCCCGUCUGUUCGGCUUUAAGGAGGAAUUUGUGUUGUACUGGAAGAAUUGUGUGAAGGCAUCUCUGGUUUUUGUUACUUCUUUAUGGGAUCAGAAGCUCCCGCUAUGGCAGCCGAGGAAGUCAAUAUGUUAGAAGGAACAUCAAAAACCAGUUCUUGUCCUGGUAAAAAGAACCAAGGGAAAAUUCCCAAAAGAAUUCACAAGGCUGAAAGGGAGAAAAUGAAGCGUGAGCAUCUGAAUGAUCUCUUUGUCGAUCUUGCCAAUGCUCUUGAACUAGGUCAGCAAAACAAUGGAAAGGCGUCCAUAUUGUGUGAAGCCACUAAGCUGCUAAGGGACCUGCUCGGUCAGAUUGAGGCCCUUAAGAAGGAGAAUGUGUCUCUGCUGUCUGAAUCACAUUACGUUACCAUGGAGAAGAAUGAGCUGCAGGAGGAAAAUUCUGAUCUAGAAACACAAAUAGAGAAACUUCAAGGCGAGAUAGAAGCACGAGUAGCACAAUCUAAACCUGACCUAAAUGCACCUCCUCCAACAGAAGAACUUGAGCCACCAGAGCAAACAAUUUUUCCUAGAGAGUGUCUCCAAUUGCCUACCGUUGAUCCUACAUUGCAACGAGGACCCGCGGUAGUAGUUGUCCCCUUUCGUCCCCAGCUUCAACCUUCUUUUCCCACCCCAAACAUCACUGAGCUCACUUCAAACUCCAUUGUUAGUAAACCUCAUGCCAGGUAUCCAACCCCUGCAGACUCAUGGCCAUCGCAGUUGCUUGGAGAGCAGCCAACAUCAAGCUAAGAGAAGUUGAACGUGCAGAGUUUUAUUUUCACUGGGUGUUGGCUGCACCUGUAGAGUUAGUUCAUUUCCAAAUCAGC